AAAGAGAAAGAAUCGGUCAUGUGCCAAUAUCAAUAGAAAUGUCUACGUGAAAAUUCGCGCGAUAAAUUGUCCCGAUAGCUUUGCGGGAAUUCACGGCAAAACCGAACGUGCACUUGACAGAAAUUAGUAUUCCUUAAUGGACGGCGCGAUAUAGCAAGGGCUAGGCUCAUCCCAUCUUACUGCAAACGCCGUUCUUCCUUGGUCUUAGACUUAAGGCCGGGAACCAUUCAAUUAAUUUCAGGAGACAAUGGUAGCUCACACAACGGCGAGCCGUGCUUGUACGCGUCUUGUACACAGUCAUUACAUCGUCAAACCUCCCCACGUUGUUCCUUCACGGAAUAUUCGCGAUUACUCAGAGAACUUAGAGAAAUGACAUACGAAGAUCUCGUCGCCCUCGGAAAUUAAAAAAAUUAAAAAAUCCUUUUUACUUUUCCGUAUAUUAAGAGAAAAAACAAAAUUUUCCCAUCUUUCGCAAGAUGAAAAGUGACAAUCGGACGAACAAAAAAAACUAAAGUUGAAAAAUGAUUUAAACAUUCGAUGUAACAAUCUUAGAAAUGCAAUAAUAAAUCUCUCGAGAUAUUCUCUGUUUCUUUGGCCGACCAGCUAUUAAAAUGACGACGACCACAGGCGAUCCGUCGACCCUGAAGACUCCGGCCUCACUGUCGGGCGGAGAUCUCGUUUCUCGCUUGUUGGCAGCGACUCCGCCGUACUUGUACAAUGUACCACUGACGCCUCACAGCUUCUUCUUCAGCGAGAUGCUGCGCUCCUUCGUGCAGGCAAAGACAGAGGCGUCGUCGACCAGCGGUAGCGGUAGCACCAGCAGCGGCACCGGAGCACCAAACGCGUCGCGUCGUCGCAAGCGAUCCUGGCGGGACGCUCGGGAUCGUCCACUGGAACUGACGACGAAGGAACGGCCGCAUCACCAUCACCAUCAUCAUCAUCAUCACCAGCACCCGGAUAAAUAUUAUCACUCCGCGUCGCAGCAGCAAUCGACGCAAGUGCCACCGGAGACUCGUUUAGAGAACGACGGCAAGCGAGCGACCGACGGUAGUUAUUCCGACGUGGAAAACAAGACGUUCGAUCAGAAACCGAACUUCGGCAGCGACAUCCUGAAACCGAUCGACGAGAACAAGACGGAAUUUCCGCGGCAGCACGGUAAAAAUUACUUCGACGAGCGACCGCGCCACUUCGAGCAAGCUCAGCCGCCGGAGAACGUAUUUCCUGGCGGCGAACCGCGAAAAGUGAAGCCGGAGGAUUCGCAGCAGCUGGACCGCGGCAGGAAUUGUAAUUUCGACGGCGGCAGAAGUUACGAGGAUCGUUCCAAGAGCAUCGCGCCUGGUCAGGAGGUGCCGCAGCCUCUGCAGCUGCCGGAUCAGAAGAAGUUGGACUUUCCGCGCGGUCCUUUUCUACCCGGUCUCCCGGGCAGAGGAUGCGACGGUGUUCUUCAAGGUGUAAAAGGUUUUCCCUUGCCUGGCGGUAUGUCCGGACCGGCCGACUUCUUGCCCGGACCGCUGUGGUACCCGCCGUACCCUAUGCCGCAAUCAUAUCCCGGUAUCGAUCCUUUGCACUUCUUCAUCGAUCUGCGUGUGUCCGGCCACAUCUGGGACCGCAAGCACGCGAGCGAACGGCAGCUGCCCUUCAAGAGCAAGCAUUGCUCGGCGUUCAGCGUGCCGCAGUCCAAGGAAUACGGCAAUCGGCCGUUGAAUCUCACCCGCGACGAGGCCACGACGUCCAAGAAUCCGGACGCGGAGAACACGCGCGGCACCAAUUACAUUCUGAAGCAUCUCACGAAGACGUAUCAGGAUAUACAGCAGACGAAAACGUCCAGAACGGACGCGCCGACGGAGAACGAGGAGACCUCGAAAGAGAUGCAGCAAGCUGGCGAGGAUACCGCGAAGGUAGAAAACGCCGGCAGCGCAACGACGAAUUCCGAAGAGGAGAGGAAAGAUCUGCGCGCUCUGAUCGGCCUCGAAUUAGUGGUGGACUACGUGAAGGAACCGAAGAGCGACUCGCCGACUGAGCAAACGUCGUCACAAGUAACGGAAUAACUUGCACGAACGCGACUCGCAGAAACGCACUUUUUCAGACGGUCUCUUUCCAGUUUUAAUCGCUAAAAUAGUCGUAGCGUCGUUAUUCGACAUUUCUCUCAUCGUGUAACACCUUCGAAACUCAACAGUCGCACUCGCGCGAUCGCAUUCUCCGCCGUAAUGUAGCACAUCCUGACAAGACAAGAGCAAGCAGACCGCGCACGCGAGACCGAAACUUCUCGUUUUACAGUGCGCGAUUAAUAUCUUCGUAUUACGAUUGAAGAGACUACGUUUGCUGCUUUUCAGACAUUUUUUUUUCUGUGUUCUCUUCUCUCUUUUCCGCACUUGUCAGAAAAAUUUCUAUUUGUUUUACCGAUGUUUUCAUCGCACAAUUCUUUCCCGCGCUUUUGUGAUUUCGAACGUUUUCUCACGCGCGCGUCUCUAACAAAAGUAUUAACUUGUCUUCACGCAAACACCCUCGAGUUGAUUCAGUGUAUCUCUAUUCUAAAACAAUUAGAGAAACAA